AUGAAACAUGCUGUACUAAAUGUAUCUGGAAAGAUUUGGGCAUUCAUGGAAGAGAAUGUAGAAUGUAGUAUUGUGAAGGAUGAAGAGCAGCAGUUAACUCUAAAAGUUUCCAAUCAAAAUGCAGGCAUCUCAUUGUUGUUUACUUUAGUGUACGCUAAAUGUAAUGCAAAUAAGAGUUUGUUACUGUGGGAUUCAUUAACUGAUUUAUCAGAUUCAUAUCAACUGCCUUGGCUAGUAGGAGGGGAUUUUAAUGUAACAAGAAGUGAGGAAGAAAAGGUGGGGGAUUUACCUGUUACUUUUAAUGAAACUCAAGAAUUUAAUCAGUGGAUUAGUUUAUGUAAUAUGGAAGAAAUACAGUUUAAAGGGAGUAAAUUCACUUGGUGGAAUGGGAGAACAGAUGAGGAUUGCAUUUUCAAGAGGAUUAAAGGAAUUUUACCGCAAUUGAUAUCUCCAGAACAAGGAGGUUUUGUUCAAGGAAGGAGUAUUGCUGAAAAUGUAUUGGUAUUUCAAGAAAUUAUAUUAGAAAUUAGAAAGAGAGGUAAGCCACCUAACAUGGUCUUAAAGCUUGACAUGAUGAAAGCAUAUGAUAGAGUGGAAUGGCUAUUUUUAACAAAGAUCUAUAAGAGGGUUGAGCAAGGGGAUCCAUUAUCACCAACUUUGUUUAUAAUAGAAGCAGAGGUGCUAUCAAGAUCACUGAAGAGAUUGAUACAAAAGAAGGAGUUCAAGCUAUUUGGGAUGCCAAGAGGAAGUCCAAAAUUGAAUCACCUUGCUUUUCCAGAUGAUAUGAUCAUAUUGUGA